ACCUGACCAUAGAAUCAGCUAGAUAUGGCGUCUUCCUUACUUGCUGGCGAACGACUGGUUCGCGCUUUGGGCCCCGGCGGAGAAUUGGAGCCAGAGCACCUGCCCAGGAAACUGCGGGCCCAGCUUGAGGCCGCACUAAGGAAGAAGAACACGGGCGGUAAUGGCCGUAGUGGCCCCCAACGCUUAGUUUCCUUCCGUCUGAUUCGGGAUCUGCACCAGCAUCUGAGAGAAAGGGAUUCUACACUAUACCUUCAUGAACUCCUAGAAGGCAGUGAAAUCUAUCUCCCAGAGUUUGUGAAGCCUCCCCGGAACCCAGAGCUAGUUGCCCGGCUGGAGAAGAUUAAAAUACAGCUGGCCAAUGAGGAAUAUAAGCGAAUCACUCAUAAUGUCACCUGUCAGGACUCAAGGCAAAGUGGAACUCUCAAUGAUCUGGGAAAGCAAGUGAGGUCAGUGAAGGCUCUGGUCAUCACUAUCUUCAACUUCAUUGUCACGGUGGCAGCUGCCUUUGUCUGCACUUAUCUUGGAAGCCAGUAUAUCUUCACAGAAAUGGCUUCGCGGGUACUGGCUGCAUUGAUCGUCGCCUCAGUGGUGGGUCUGGCUGAGCUGUAUGUCAUGGUGCGGGUGAUGGAAGGCGAGUUGGGAGAACUGUAACUGGUGCUUCAUUGUCAAAAUCUAGAGAAGGUUUUUCAGGGCCCCAGGCUUUCAACUGCCAACCACUGACUCUCAACCAACAUGUGAGGCUCUUUGUACUCAGCUGCAGUUAGGCCACCUGCUAUUCCUGCAGGGA